AUGGAUAGAGAGUUUUCACCCAUUACAUUCAAUGGAAUUGAAUCUGAAUCUACACCAAUUAAAAGUUUGAAUGGCUCCCCUCAUUCUGAGUUUUUAACAGCUGAUGGAAUUGUAAACACAUCAAUAACAAUUGAUGAAGAUGUCAGAGAAAAUGACAAAACCAAAGAAAUUGAAGAAAUAGUAGAUAUACUAGAAAACGAGAAUGAAUUGAGCAACGGUGCUACUCCAUUAAAUCCAGUGAAUGUUGCACAUUUAAUGUUUUCUCCUAAAAGAAGACAACAACAAAGAGAAUUAGAGAAAUUAAAUCCUAUACCGUUUCAAGAAAACCCAACUAAAUCCAAGAAAGCUUCCUUCACUGCGGAAACUAAGAACAAUCAAACAUUCCUAAACAAUCCUAGUAUACCUUACACUUUAAAUUUGUAUUUACAGCUAAUAAUAAAUGUCAUACUUUGGUUAUUCAUACUAUAUUUGGGCUUCAUAUCCUUCAAAACAAUAAGGGCAGAUAUAAAAAAUAAAAUAGAAGAUAAGCUCACCAUAUUACUAGAUGAAAUUGCAAAUUGUGAGAAACAAUAUAUUGCAAAUAAAUGUAAUUUACCAAAUCGUCCACCAGCUAUAAAUCAAGAAUGUAAUGCAUUAGAAAAAUGUCAAAAUCAACAAAUAAAAGUAUACAAUACUCAAGCUACUUUACAAUUACUAGCUGAGGUAAUUAAUUCAUUUGUUGAUCAAUUAAGUUUGAAAACAAUACUCUUAAGCUUUUUUAUAAUAUUAGGAAUGAUAAUUCAUUCUGCAUUUACUUUGAACAAUUUUAAAGCAUUUGAACAGAUACUGAGAGAAAAGAACAAUGAAAAGAAUAAUCAAAAAGAUGUGGGAAAUAAAAAGAAAGUAAAGGUUGAUGAGACUGUACAAUUUAGUGAGGAGUUUAGUAAAUAA